GUGCUGCACCUUUUCAGGGUGGAUCUACCUUCCGUGUACCACACAGAACACCUGGGAGGGAAGGAACAGCACUCGGCGGCCGUUUUUUAAAAUAUUUUUCCAAGCUUUUUAUAUUUUAAACACUUUCUCUGACAUUCCCCCAUCAUGGCUUACGCGGCGUACUGGGAACAUUGCGAGGCAAAGAAGAAGGCUUUGGCCCAGGCAGGAGUGACUUCCCUGACAAAUGGCUGCCCUGCUCCAGUUGAUGCGGUGAAGAUAGAGGAUGCCGCGAUUGAUAAAGUGCAUGUUGCUGCACCCCUGCAUGCUCCAGGCACCAGCCUGUCCCGCUCACACCGCCCUGUGCACACAGACCUGCAGCCCGUCAUCGUUCCGUCCAGAGCGCAUUUUUGCGGGGUGAGAGAGAGCUCCCUGCCACCCGGAUACAGGUUUACAGAGACGAGUCCCUUGCAGAACGGCAGCCAUGAGGUGGCUCCCAAGCCCCUGAAUGAUGACGGUGCCCUGGAAGCUCUCUCUGCUGGCUUCACAAGCUCCGCCCCCAGUGCUCAAUUGGACGAGCCAGUGGCCCAAGUGCCUCUGGAUGCUCUCAAUGCUCUCAGCGACAUUCUGGGUGUCCCCGAGGAAGUGCCUGAGCCCCCUCCCCUCGAUCCUGCAGACAUCAUCAGCGUGCCCAAGGUCGUGGAAGAGGAUGCUGAGCUUGUGGGGGAGAGGGAGGACACUAUCCCACCCGAAUACCGGUUCACAGAGAAUGGGACAGACCUGCACCCCCCAGCAGAGGGAAAGCCCCCCAUGGACUCUGGAGCGGCCCUGGACAUCCUGUCCGGUGACUUCAUGUCUGCCGCGCCCGCACCCUGCGCAGUCCCCAAACAGCCCUGCCUGGACGCUCUUGACAUGCUUGAUGGAGAAUUAGCUGCCCCUGCUCAGACUUCCCCUGAGGAGACCGUCGGUGUCGGCCCUGCUGCCACCCUUCCCAGUGAAAUCCCUGCGGCCAUGGUGGAGGAUGCGCCCAUCAUCUCUGACCUGUCGGGAAACAUGGUGUCGGCUCAGAGCUAAACUUCUACAGGAGACUGACUCACACUCUGCAGGGACAGACGGACAGAGAGACAAAGGGACACUGCUCCAGAUUUCAUAAACAUUUCUCUUUUAAAAGACGGGGAAGAAAAUUGAAGAUAAAAAAAAUUAAUGAAAAAGAAGACAAACCCAGCACGGUGCCUUGGUUCACAUAAAACACGCCAGAAAAGUAUCAUUUCGCAAGAUCGAUGAAACUCGAAGGAUUUUUUUUUCUCGCUUUUGUUUUAACUCGUGUCAGAUUAUUGCCACGCUCUGUGCUGCUUUAUGCAUGCUGGUAUGUCAUGUACAAUACUUUACAGCACAUUUUUUUAAAACUGACGGAAAAGUUUCUCUCAUUUCUACUGUUUUAACAUCUAACACUUCGUGUGAAACAAAUUUAAAAUUAGAAAAUGGUGCACUCUGCCACCUUCUGUUAUUUUCUCUACCUUCCGUCCCAUGUUUAAUUAUAAAAUGAUAAAAUGGCCAUCUCCUCCCAUUGGUAUUUGCUUGUGAAGUACAAUUUCAUCUCUUCGGCAUGGAGUGACUGUUGUUGCAGUUUAGUGCUACAUUUUAAUGUGUGGGUUCCACCUGCUAGCACAAAGUCACAGGUAAAAUCUGAUUAGUUCCAUGGUAGACAAGCAUACUGCAUAAAACGGUACUCUUUUUAUUUUAGUCUCUACAGGUGGAGGGCACUAACAUCAGUGUGUUUGCGGUGAUCCUAUGAGAAUUGGUUGUUGAAGUAGGAUUGUGUAACUAAAUUUCUGGACCACUUGUGGUUCUUGUACACAAGAUUUUAUUGUCCGUAUUACUGUCUCUCUACUUGUCUAAACGACUAUGCAAAGCCUUAGCUAAGGAAUAAUUUUUAAGGAAUACUCCACCCGAAAAUCCCUGGGACAAAAGGAAGAUUUUGGUCUCAUUGAAUGGGCUUCAAAACUCCAGAAGGGGGGAGAUGAUUCUCAUCUGUGUGGAAUACUGGCAAUCCCACAAUCACAACGGAAAAUUUGCUGUUUAUAUUUCUUGAUUUUUAAGUGGUUUAGGUUUACCAUUUAAAUGAGAGAAUGAAAAAGAAAAGGACAAAGACAAUGUGACUAAAGGGAGAUUGUGUGUAUGUGUGUGUGUGUGUUUGAGAGAUAAAGGGUGUGCAACAAGGAAGUCUCGUAUACAUCUUUGACUGCUUGUCCCUGUUUGCUGUCUGUGCUUCUCUGUUUAGUUUACUCUCCAUUACCCUUUACCGUAUGUUAACACAGUCUUUAACUUUGUGUUACUUUACCGUUUUGCAUUGUAAUAUUUUUAUCUCUCUGUCAAAUCUUACUAUACCUCUGUUCUGUUCUUCCUCUCCGAUCAUCGUCCUCGCGGGUAACUCUAAUUGUUCUGUCUAUUCUCAUCGAUCCGUAGGCUUGGAGUGUGUUCUGUCUUUCUUAACUGUAUCUCGUGUAAACUUUGUGUAGUAGUUUCUCCCUUAGAAAACCCACAACACAUUUAACCCGUAGAAGCAUCCAUAAGGACACUGCUGAGAUAUGAGGUUCACAUAGAAAAGUGCUUUGAUAGCAACUGCUAAACAAGAUUCUGUGACAAAAAAAAAGGAAAAAAAAACAUUUUAGAAAUUACAUUGUUUUUGUUGAAUGGUUGUGGGUACUUUUGCUUUAAUGACGGUGUUUGUGGAACAAAUGGAUUUCAAAGUGUUUUAUAAAAAUGGAAAAAAAAUAAAAAGGAAUACAGCAUA